AUCAGGAGCGCAGCUACAGGUUCUUCCAGGUGCAGUUGAUGAAAGAGGACUGACGUCCGCGGAGCCGCAGAAACUAAAUGGUUAUAAACUAAGAUUUUCCCCCGAUUUUUGGGAGGAACGUUGGAGCUCAUUUUGUCACCGGAAGGAGGAGGAGGAGGAGGAGGAGGAGGUGCGGGAUUACCUGAUGGCUCUCCUUUUAUUCGCGUUAUUAAUGGUUUGGAGCGCGGAAUGGAACAAGGCCACCGUCCUCGGUCAGGCCUGUGUGGAUGACGGCGGCUUUAAGGAGCAGGUGGUUUAUUUAGGCCAGCAGAGGCCCUCAUAUGUGCUGCAGUGUCCUCUACUGACAGCUCAACCUCAGAGUUUCCCCCUAACUCUGCUGAUGUGGCUGAAGGACUGUCAGCAGCUCCAGGAUCAGGAUGGAAAAGCCUACCUGGAGUUAUCCAGCCUCAGCCUACAGGAUCAGGGGAAUUAUACUUGCAUGCAACAAGGAAACAGUACAGCAUCUUUCACUGUACGCCUCAUAGUAAAGGAGUCUCAGUGUGCAAAAGCUCCUGAUUUCCAACAAGACAGCAACCCUAGCAAACUGUGGAAGAGUCGUGGAGCCUCCGUGAAACUGAACUGCACUGCUCUUCUCUUCUGGGACCCAUCAGAGGAGCCGUGUGAAACCACACCGCAGUGGAGCAAAGAUGGCAAGCCGCUCAACAACCAGACUCUCUACCUGCAAAACACAACAUCAUGGUCCCCUGAUGCCGGCCAGCUGGUCGUUAGUAGCCUGCUGGAGUUUGCCCUUAGAGAACCAGAGCAGUUUGGACUUUACAGCUGCACAGUCAGGAACAUUUCCUCUGACUUCAGCCUGCAAAAUUCAAGAGUCAGACAUGUUGAGGCUGUGUGUAUUUCCAGGCAGGGCCUCCUGCACUUGCUGGAGUUAUGUCAGCAGCCAAUCCUGAUCACGUUGGAGGGUCAGAUCAAACGCAUGAGUCCGGAGAUAAAGCGGGAGCUCAGCGAGAACCAGCACCGCCUCACUUUACUCACAUGGAGGCAAAACUCAGUGACUCCUUCCUCAUCCUUCUGGAAGGAGUUAGCUUUGGCAAUGCCUCGCAGUGUUAUUUUCCAUAAGGAGUCUGCAGGCGACCCUCAGACUGUCCUGCAGGAUGAUAAGGACCCCAUGCUGACCCUUGAUCCUGACUACCUGGACUGUCGCUCAGACAUCGACCCAGCUGGAGAUCUGGGUCUCCGUCUCCCUGUGAACAGAGCGCUGGCCUGUAAAGCUCCCGUCCUUCCUGCAGCUCCCACUGAAGCAGCUCAACCAAAAGCUUCCGACAUCGACGUCUCCGAUUUGGGAUCCCGCAACUACGGAGCGCGCUCGGACUUCUACUGCCUGGUCACCGAGGACAUUUAAUACUUAGCUUUUUAUAGCAUCUAGC